CCUGAGAGUGCCGCACGGCUGAUGCUAACAACAAUUUGGAACGAAGUUCCUCUUGGAAUCUACCCUGUGGCUGGGCUUUUUAACCAGAGGUUCAUCUCACCGGGAAAACAUGGCCUGUGUGAAGAUGAGGUGGCUGUACAUGUCCCUCGUGGUCCUGGGAGCCCUCUGUCUGUAUCUCAGCAUGCACAACCUGUCCCUCUUUAAAGAAGAUGCUUUUGUUUUCAAGAAGGAGCACGGGCAGUUCCUGCAGCUCCCAGAUAUAGACUGCCGGCAAGACCCCCCCUUCCUCGUCCUGCUGGUGACAUCCUCCCACGAGCAGCUGUUCGCGCGCGAGGCCAUCCGGAAGACGUGGGGGAAAGAAAAGGUGGUGAGCGGGAGACGGAUAAAGACAUUCUUCCUGCUCGGAACCACCCCCAGGAAGGACGCGUCCCGGGCGGUGGCCCAGGAGAGCCGGCAGCACCGUGACGUCAUCCAGAAGGACUUCGUGGACGUGUAUUUGAACCUGACUCUGAAGACCAUGAUGGGGAUCGAGUGGGUCCACCUCUUCUGCCCUCAGGCGGCCUUCGUGAUGAAGACGGACUCCGACAUGUUCGUGAACGUCCGCUACCUGACCGAGCUGCUGCUGAAGAAGAACAGGACCAGCAGGUUCGUCACCGGCUUCCUGAAGAUGCACGAGCUCCCCAUCCGGGAGAAGUACAACAAGUGGUUCGUCAGCCGGCACGAAUACCCGUGGGACAAGUACCCGCCCUUUUGCUCGGGCACGGCCUACGUGUUCUCCGGCGACGUGGCGAGUCGGGUGUACAACGUGUCGGACAGCGUCCCCUUCAUCAAACUGGAGGACGUGUUCGUGGGGCUGUGCCUCGCCAAGCUGAACAUCGGCCUGGAGGAGCUGCACUCCGAGCAGACCUUCUUCCCGGGCGGCCUCAGCUUCUCCACCUGCCGCUUCAAGAAGAUCGUGGCCUGCCAUUUCAUCCAGCCUCAGAAGAUGCUGACCUACUGGCAGGCUCUGGAAAGUUCCCUGGGGGAGGAGUGUCCAGCUGAGUGA